AUGGCCAACUCGGACAUUAAGAUAAUCUACUUCAACAUCCCAGGACGUGCAGAGGUCAGCCGCUUAGUUCUCGUACUGGCGGGAAAACAAUUCGAAGACGUUCGAAUAAGUGGAGCAGAGUGGCGUGACAUUAAACCUACCACGCCCUUUGGUACCUGUCCAGUCCUGGUACUUGACGGGAAAAUGUACGGCCAAAGCAAAGCAAUUGCUGUAUUUUUAGCCAGAGAAUUUGGAUUAUAUGGUAGGACAAAUCUAGAAGGACUGCAAAUUGACCAAGCUAUGCAUCUCAUGGAAGACUUUAUUCAGGAAUACGGUAGUCGCUAUUUCUUUGUAACGGAUGAAGCCAAGAAAGCAGAAGGUGCAAAGCAGAUGCGAGAAGAAAUAACGCCAAGGUUUAUGGGAUAUUUUGAGAAGUUGUUACAAGACAAUGCUACUGGUUAUCUUGCUGGAGACCGUGUUACAGUAGCCGACUUGACUGUCUUUGAUAUGUAUACAGGCUUUCUGGGAUCGUUCGUCCAGGAGUGGAUAGAUAAAUUCCCAUUAAUAAAGCAACUUGUGGCUACUGUUGAGAGCAAUGAAAGAAUCCGUGCAUAUAGAGAGCAGAGAAAGUGA